GAUGGACAUAAUAACAGGUAGCUUUGAAACCGAGAGCCGUUCAUAACAGAGGUUGUGCAGAACUUCCAAUUCGUCUCUGUUCAGAAUGCUGGAGAUAUCCGUUGGAGGAAGGAACGCAAACGUCGAAUAGACCAAAAGCAAAAGUCCAGAGUCACUGCAGAGCGGAGUUAGAAAACUUGCUCUUUCACUGCCGACGACUUCCAACCGUUCACUAUGGCCUUUGGUCUCACUAUUGGAACAGAACGCGCAACGGCCCUUCAGCAAGCAAUUCAAGAUGAACUCAUAGUUCGGGGGUACAGUCAGGAUGCUGAUCCCGUUAUGGCGGAAUACAUCACCAUCAUGAUAAUCAACAACAAGACGACUGCUCAAAUUACUGGUGAACUUGAAGACUUGAUUGGACCCGAAUUUGAUGACUCUUUUACCCACUGGUUGUUUAAUGAGGCAGCAAAAGGAUCCGCCGAAGCUGAGCCAUCAACCGCCACUUCUGACCAACCUGUCGAACAAGUGGCACCCCAGGAAACCCCAUCCCAACCCAGCACAUCUCGAUCAUCCAAUGCUCCACGCAACGGCGUCUAUCAACAAGCUUUGUCGCAGGCCCUGCCACACGCUCCUGGCUCAUCUCAGAAAAGAACCGCUUCCGCACGCUCCCCUUCACCAAACCACCCCAACAAAAUUCGACGCACAGAUGUCCCCACUGCCCCCAGGGCCAUGCAACGCGAUGGUCCUUCCAAUCCUAAGAGUCUACUAGAUCGAGUUAGCGGAGCGCCAUCUCACAAUGCUCAAAACAACCAACAUGAUGAAAUACAAGCUCGAAUUGACAACAUAACGAACGGUCCUGGUGGGCCGGCUGGUGUAACUCAAUCUGGAGGUCCUGGUCCCAACGUGAUGAUGCAGAAUGGGUUCCCGGGUAUGAACAUGGACAUGAACGCAGCAAUGGGGAUGGGGAAUCCUUUGAUGUUGCAGGAGAUCAUGAUGAACCAAAUGGCACUCAUGGCGCAAAUAACAGGUAUGAUGGGCUCAGGCAUGAAUGGCGGGUUCCCAAUGAUGCCAGGAGAUAUGGCGAUAUUACAGCAGCAGCAGCAGCAACAACAACAACAACAACAAAGCAUGGGUGCGAACGUUCAAGGAGGUCAUCAGGGUGGUCAGAGAGGGAGAGGCGGAACUAGAGGUGGAAGAGGCGUUGGACGGGGUCGAGGUGGACCACCUACUUCCGCCACCCACAAAGCUGAGACGUCAGCGUCACCCGAAAUACAAUUCACCGCUGCAGCACCACCCAAUCAAUCGAUAACGGGACCCGCUGCAGGACCCAUUGCAGCGCCUGCACCUACCUCUGCCCCCGUGUCUGUCACCCCUCAAAGACCUACUUACGCUCUCCCCGAACGACCUCAAUCACCGACACUGUGUAAAUUUGGAUUGAAAUGUACCAAUGCUCAUUGCCGAUGGUCUCACCCUUCACCUGUGGCUACCGUUGAAAGUGGGGUUGUGUUGAGCAAUGAUCCUUGCGAGAAUGGAAAGGAUUGCAAGGACAAGGAUUGUAUUCAAGCACAUGUCAGUCCAGCCGUGCUUAAACCUCAAGCCGAGCAAUCUGCUCCUCCCACCAACACUCCCCAACCGCCACCGGCAAGUUUGAUUCCUUGUCGAUUUGGUUCUUCUUGUACGCGCCCGAACUGCUCCUUCUCCCACCCGCCUCGCCCAUCAUCGAACGUGAACCACUUUGCGCAACAAUGUCGAUUCGGUGCGGCGUGUACACGAGCAGCAUGCCCUUUCCAGCACCCUGAAGGUAGGGUGCUACCCAAUACCUUCCACCGUGGACUAUCGACGUCUGCGCCAUUAAUCAACGUCAAGUCUCCCGAAGCGGGGACCAUGGGGUCAAGUGCCAGUCCUCAUAAGAGUGUGACGUUCAAGAAUCCAGGAGGGCCUAGCCUAGAGGAGAAACUCAAGGAGAUUGAACAGAGGAAACUUGAGGCCGAGAAAGAGGUGAAAGAAGCUGAAGCGGCAGCGGCCAAAGCGAUUACGGCUUAA